UUCCAGGAUCAGUUCAGUUGCGUCUCAGUGGGUUUUGUUCAGACUGCAGAAUCUUCAUCUUCAACUCUUUGGACAGUUUGAAGAAAUUAUGAAGAUGUGUGUUUGAGCUGAUGUGGAUGUGAAUUCAGCAAAAUGGAUCAGUGUGAGGACAGAGAGGAGGGAGUCCCUCCCUCUAAAACCUCUCUGUGUGGGGAACAUGAGAGUCGGGGCAAAGCUAAGAGGAAUCGACCUGGACCUGGACCUGGACCUGGACCUGGACCUGGACCUGGACCUGGACCUGGACCUGGACCUGAACCUGGACCUGGACCCGGACCAGAACCUGGACCCAGCUGUGUGUCCUUGAAGAGCGACAGGUCAAAAGGGCUGCCAAUUGAAUUUAAAGGAGACCAACGUUCUGCUGUAAAGAGGAAAAGAGACUCUCUUGAACAUGAACCCAGCUGUUUGUCCUUGAGCAGCGACAGGUCAAAUGAUACAUUUAUUAACUUUAAAGGAGACCAACAGUGUUCUGCAGAGAGAGUGGACCAGCAGAGGUCAGAGCCUCCCAGCCGUCCGUCUGUCCAGCAGCAUCAGACACAGAUGGACUCCAUAUUUCUGCUGCUGGAGGAAAACAUUGUCAUUUUUGUGAAGAACGAGCUGAAGAAGAUCCAGAGGGGUCUGAGUCCAGAUUACCCAGAAUCCCUAGAGCAUUUGUUGGAGGGUGAGGAUGAAGAGCAGAGGAGGAGCAACAGAGAGACGUUUGUGAAGAUCACAGUGAACUUCCUGAGGAGAAUGAAGCAGGAGAAGCUGGCUGAGCGUCUGCAGAGCAGUACUUUUGCUCCACUUUGUAAAAAGCGGUUGAAGUCUAAGCUGAAGAAGAAGUACCGGUGUGUGUUUGAGGGGAUUGUUAAAGCAGGAAACCCAACCUUUCUGAAGCAGAUCUACACAGAGCUCUACAUCACAGAGGGAGGGACUGGAGACGUCAACGAUGAACAUGAAGUCAGACAGAUUGAAGCAGCAUCCAGGAAACCACACAGAGCAGAAACAACCAUCAGACAGGAAGACUUCUUUAAACUCCCACCUGGAAGAGAUGAACCAAUCAGAACAGUGAUGACGAAGGGAGUGGCCGGCAUCGGGAAAACAGUCCUAACACAGAAGUUCACUCUGGACUGGGCUGAAGGCAGAACCAACCAGGACAUCCAGUUACUGCUUCCAUUCACCUUCAGAGAGCUGAAUGUGCUGAAAGAGAAAAAGUUCAGCUUGGUGGAACUUAUUCAUCACUUCUUCACUGAAACCAGAGAAAUCUGCAACUUUGAAGAGUUCCAGGUCGUGUUCAUCUUUGAUGGUCUGGAUGAGAGUCGACUUCCUCUGGACUUCCACAACAAUGAGGUCCUGACUGAUGUUACAGAGUCCACCUCAGUGGAUGUCCUGCUUACAAACCUCAUCAGGGGGAACCUGCUUCCUUCUGCUCGUCUCUGGAUCACCACACGACCCGCAGCAGCCAAUCAGAUCCCUCCUGAGUGUGUCUCCAUGGUGACAGAGGUCAGAGGGUUCACUAACCCACAGAAGGAGGAAUACUUCAAGAAGAGGUUCAGAGAUGAAGAGCAGACCAGCAGGAUCAUCUCCCACAUCAAGACAUCACGAAGCCUCCACAUCAUGUGCCACAUCCCAGUCUUCUGCUGGAUCACUGCUACGGUCCUGGAGAAAGUCCUGGAAACCAGAGAGGGAAGGGAGCUGCCCAAGACCCUGACUGAGAUGUACAUCCACUACCUGGUGGUCCAGGCCAAAGUGAAGAGGGUCAAGUAUGAUGGAGGAGCUGAGACGGAUCCACACUGGAGUCCAGAGAGCAGGAAGAUGGUGGAGUCUCUGGGAAAACUGGCUUUUGAGCAGCUGCAGAAAGGAAACCUGAUCUUCUAUAAACAAGACCUGAGAGAGUGUGGCACUGAUGUCAGAGAGGCUUCAAUGUAUUCAGGAGUGUUCACACAGAUCUUUAGAGAGGAGAGCAGUCUGUACCAGGACCAGGUCUUUUGCUUCAUCCAUCUGAGUGUUCAGGAGUUUCUGGCUGCUCUUCAUGUCCAUUGGACCUUCAUCAGGUCUGGAGUCAACCUGCUGGAGGAACAAAGAAACACAGAGACUGACCUCUAUCAGAGUGCUGUGGACAAGGCCUUACAGAGUCCAAACGGACACCUGGACUUGUUCCUCCGCUUCCUCCUGGGUCUUUCACUGAAGACCAAUCAGACUCUCAUACGAGGUCUGUUGGAACCAAAACAAAGAAGAUCACAGAACAAUCAGGAAACAGUUGAAUACAUCAAGAAGAAGAUCAGUGAGGAUCUGUCUGCAGAGAGAAGCAUCAACCUAUUCCACUGUCUGAAUGAACUGAACGAUGGUUCUCUGGUGGAGGAGGUCCAACGGUCCCUGAGGUCUGGACGUUUCUUUACAGGUAAACUGUCUCCUGCUCAGUGGUCAGCUCUGGGCUUCAUCUUACUGUCAUCAGAAGAAGAUUUGGAGGUGUUUGACCUGAAGAAAUACUCAGCAUCAGAGGAGGUUCUACGGAGGCUGCUGCCGGUGGUCAAAGCUUCCAAGAAAGUUGUGUUGAGUGGUUGUAAUCUCUCAGAGGACAUCUGUGCAGAUCUGUCCUCAGUUCUCAGCUCUCAGUCCUCCAGUCUGACAGAACUCGACCUGAGUAACAACCACCUGCAGGAUUCAGGACUGAAGAAGCUGUGUCCUGGACUGGAGAGUCCAUGCUGUCACCUGGAGUCUCUCAGGCUGUCAGGCUGUCUGAUCUCAGAGGAAGGCUGUGCUUCUCUGGUCUCAGCUCUGAGCUCCAACCCCUCCCAUCUGAGAGAGCUGGACCUGAGCUACAACCAUCCAGGAGAGUCAGCAGGGAAGCCUCUGUCUGCUGGACUGGAGGAUCCCCGCUGGAGGCUGGACACUCUCAGGGUGAAGCCUGCUGGACAACGAUGGUUGACACCAGGUCUGAGGAAGUAUUCAUGUCAGCUCACUAUCGACACAAACACAGUCCACAAACGCAUCAAACUGUCUGACAACAACAGGAAGAUUACACGUGUGAAGGAGGAUCAGUCAUAUCCUGAUCAUCCAGACAGGUUUGAUGUCUGGGAUCAGCUGCUGACUAGAGAAGUUCUGACGGGUCGCUGUUACUGGGAGGUCGAGAGGAGAGGAAGAGUUGAGAUAUCAGUGAGUUACAGAAGAAUCAGCAGGAAAGGAAACUCUGAUGACUGUGUGUUUGGAAGGAACGAUCAUUCCUGGAGUCUGCACUGUUCUGAUGAUGGUCAGUACCAUGUCUGGCACAAUAACAGAGUAACAUCUUCAUCUUCCUCAGUCUCUGACAGAGUAGCAGUGUAUGUGGAUGUUCCUGCUGGAACUCCUUCUACAGCGUCUCCUCUGACAGACUUAUCCACCUCCACACCUUUAACACCACAUUCACUGAACCUCUCUAUCCUGGGUUCAGGUUCUGGUUCAAUCCUGGUUCUUCGGUGUCUCUGUGUUGAGUUCAGUCUCAAGAGUCUUCUGUCAGAUAAACUGUCUCUGUUGGACUGAUAGUUGAGUCUGUACAUGUCUGUCUCUGUUUCCAUCACAACACCUGAAUCACAUGUUGGUGAAACUGUUCUGAAUGAUUCCUUGGAAACUUCUUCCUCUUCCAGUCCUUUAAAGGUGGAAGCUGCUGUCAUUCCAGGAACCACAUGUUGUUCUUCUGUCUGUUUCCAGUCAGAGCUUCCUGUUCCAACCAGGACGUCACUACUGGACGUUCAGGUCUCUGUCAUGGUAAAGUGUUGAUGAAUAAGAUGAUCCAUCAAUCGUCUAGAACUGCUUCUUCAUGUUCAGGGUCCCGGGGGUUAGGCUUGUUGAU